UUAAAACCUUGAAGCAGUAGAAAUGACGUUGAAGAUAAGGCUCGCGCGUCUCGGUUGCAAACACCGACCCUUCUAUCGUAUUGUCGCUGCGAAUGACAAAUCCAGGAGGGACGGCAAACAAAUCGAGGUUUUAGGAUUUUAUGAUCCACUGCAAGGAAAGGAGGAUGCGAACAGAGUUAGCCUCAAAUUCGACAGAAUCAAGUACUGGUUAUCGGUUGGAGCUCAACCAACAGACUCAGUCGAGAACAUGCUCUUCAGGGCCGGUUUGAUUCCUCCAAAGCCUAUGGUUGUAGUAGGUUCCAAGAACGGACAGCAAUCCACCAACCUCCAUGUUUCACCCAUUACAGGUGAGAUCUUGAACUAGGAUUGUUGAUGCGGUGAGGAAUGAGCUAAGCUUUGUGUGUUUAUGUGAAAGGAGUUUGAUGUUAUGUUUGGUCUUUUGUUGUAUCUGCUGGACUAAGAAGUUUGGUGAAUUCUCAAUAUGGGUUUGUAACAUACAAUGAUUGAUUGAGCUUCGGUAAUAUAAGCCCAUAUUUUUCUUUAGUUUGGAUAUAAG